AUGGUAUCAUCUCAACUGCUCAUAUCAUUUAUUCUACUCUCCUGCUGGAAUUUGUUUGAUUUCAGUCAAGGAUACAAUCAGUGUAGUAUUCGAGAAAAGUUAUGUUCAAGUACAAAAGCAAGAUUGUUGGUGUUGACUUGGUGUUGCGAAGAAAACGAAAAAUGUGCCAAUACAUAUUCGAAGUGUAUUCUUCCAUCAAACGAUCAUUCAACAGCUAGAAGUUUUUCGAUCACGAUUCUUAUCGUUUCUAUCUGUAUCGCCGUAUGCACUAUUUCAUGUUUGCAACGACAAUCUCGACGCGUUUUUCUUUCGCGUCAAACAGUGUAUGAACCUGUCGUCGCGAUUAAUUGCAUCCUAGCUCCUUCAGUUGCCGAACAAUUACCACCAUCAUACGAAGAAGCUAUGAAUAGCGGUGCUCAAUAA